GGAGAUCUGUAGGAAGGAGAGUAGGAGACCGGAGGGGUGUUUUAGAUUCCGAUUGGGGUUUUCUCAUAUGGGACUUUGUGCUGAAUUGUGGCGGUGUGAGUUGUUCCUUGAGGCUUCAUGAGCUUAACCUUGCUAGAAGUACGAUAUUUUAUAAGAUGAGAGAUUUAUGUAUCGCGAAGGAGGGAUGCCGCAUGUCGCAUGUGCACGGAGCGUGCCGAGACCCAGUAGUUCGGGAACCCUCGACGGUCGAUAAAAGUAACAGGACCAUCGGACCGCUGUCCAGUCCGACUUUUCCAACCUUCCUAUACGCUAGUACCGUGGCGUCGAUGCCGGCGUUCCACGCGGGGAACUGGAAAUGGGAGAACGCCGCCGCCGGGGCCGUCGCCGGCUUCGCCACCGUCGCCGCCCUCCAUCCUCUCGAUGUCGUUCGUACGAGGUUCCAAGUGAGCGAUGGGCGAGUCACUAAUCUCCCACUCUAUAAGAACACGGCCCACGCCGUUUACACCAUUGCGCGAACGGAGGGUUUGAGAGGGCUCUAUGCAGGAUUCUAUCCUGCAGUUUUUGGAUCUACUCUUUCAUGGGGACUAUACUUCUUCUUUUAUAGCAGAGCAAAGCAUAGGUACUGCAAAGGGAAUGAUGGGCAGCUCAGCCCUGGAUAUCAUCUUGUUUCAGCUGCAGAAGCAGGCGCUUUGGUAUGCUUGUGUACGAAUCCUAUUUGGCUUGUGAAAACAAGAUUGCAGCUUCAAACACCCCAGCAUUAUCAACCAUAUUCUGGGUUCUCUGAUGCUUUGAGAACCAUUUUAAGAGAGGAAGGAUGGCGUGCACUUUACAAAGGAAUUGGACCUGGACUUUUGCUUGUUACUCAUGGUGCAAUACAGUUCACGGUUUAUGAGGAACUCCGCAAGUUUGCUUUGUACCUCAAGGUUAAAGAAGGAAGGACAAACCACAUUAACAGUGAUAAGUUGUUGAAUUCUUUUGACUACGCUACACUUGGGGCUUCCUCUAAAAUUGCUGCCAUUUUACUCACAUACCCCUAUCAGGUCAUUCGGGCCCGCCUACAGCAAAGACCUGGUGGUGAUGGAAUCCCAAAAUAUUGGGACAGUUGGCACGUUUUAAGGGAAACUGCAAGGUUUGAAGGCAUUCGUGGAUUUUAUAGGGGCAUCACAUCGAACCUGUUGAAAAAUAUUCCAGCUGCUUCAAUAACAUUUGUUGUGUACGAAAAUGUGCUCAAACUAUUUAGGAUAGCCCAGGGACAAAAUUGAUUUUUUGUUGACUGUAUCUUCCUUAUUUCUUUCAAUUGAUUUUUACAACAUUAUAAUUGUAUGCGAGAUAUAGAUCGGGAACUUUUGCUUGGUGAUUUUACCAACUCUACAUCAAGAAAAUCUCAAGUGUCUCAGCUACUUCAGUCA